GGCUGAUCAUGAAACCGUUAAAAUAUGAAACGAAGAGGACGAAGCUACGGAUGUCGCUGUACAUCGUCAUCAUUUGGUCUCUAGCCAUGUGUAUUAGUUUGCCUCCCCUUUUAACAAUGGGAAAUGAAUAUGAAGAAGUACAAAACGGGCCCACGCUUUGUGCACUUUACCAGCAUUUUAUCUAUCAAAUCUACGCAAUUGUAGGAAGCUUCUACAUUCCGUUACUCGUCAUUAUUCCGAUAAAUUACAAACUAUUCAAUGCUGCUCGCGAUAAAUCUGCCAUGAAUUAUCAAGUGGGUCGAUUUGACAUGGAACUGGAGCCCGACGUCAAUCCGUCUUCCGGUCGCCAUAGGAUCAUGCGUUCAACAAGCUGUCCACGACACUCCCAUAACGAGCGUAUAAGGCCGAACAGUCUGCCAGAUACACACAUAAGAAAUAUCAUCGCAUCUACAGUAAGUUGUUUAUGUUACUUCUCUAUUAUAGAUUUAGUUUUGGUAUUGAUUUUUGCAUCGAAAUAUUGAAUAAAUAUUUAUUUUACUGGCAAUUGCGAGUAAAUUUUAAGUUGAAAAAUUAUUUUUAUUCGUAA